AUGGAGUUCGUUGUCCCUCUCUUAAACGCCGACACAGUCCCCCAACAUUACAAGUACGCAUUUGAGGCCUGUGCGUUGGCCUCCCUUAACAACGGGGUCGGCAACGGGAAUCAUUUUGAAAAGCAGGCACUGGGGAAGUACACCAAAGCGCUGUCGACAACUUUUGCGGCCCUGCGCGACCCUGAAGUUGCCAAGGAGGAUGCGACGCUGGCUGCCGUGCUUCUCUUGGGCUUAUUCGAGAACAUCACUGCCAAAACUAUGGGAAUGCUAGCUUGGGGUUCUCAUAUCGAGGGUGCAAUACAGCUGGCCAAGGCUCGAGGCCGUAGACAGCUUCAAACAAAGGUUGGCCUUAAUAUGUUUAUCGCUGUGCGCACACAAAUGAUUAUUCAUAGUCUAAGCACAUCAAAAUCGCCGGGGAUGGAUGUGUCUUGGUGGAUCGAGGAUGCGGUGAGGGACAGACACGCGUCCGAAUGUCAGCGACUGUGUAUCAAGGUUGGCGAGCUCAGGGUAGAGGCCAACCGGCUUCUCACAACUGUGCCUCGGACGCCGGAUAAUAUGGAAAUCGUUAUCGACAUGAUUCGACGGUGUCAAGCGCAGGACCAAGCCUGCGCAAGCUGGUGCAAGAACCUCCCCGAUUAUUUUCAAUGCAAGACCGCUACUUGGGAGGACAAUGUACCGAAUGGCGACUACACCAAAGCAGAGGUAUACCCAGGCAGAGUAGACGUUUAUAAUGAUCUGUGGGUCGCUACGAUCUGGAAUAUGCUGCGAUGCGGACGAAUCAUACUCAACUCAAUUAUUGUGCGAUGUGCAGCCUGGGUCUGUGCUCCCGUCGACUACCGAACCACUCCAGAGUAUGCCAAUGCCGCGAGAACGACCGUGGAUAUUGUCACCGACGUCAUUUCUUCCGUCCCUUACCAACUUGGUUGGUUCUCCAAACGUAGGGACCUACUGGAACGUGCGAACCUCUCCACCUUUGCCUGCGGCGAGGACGAUUCGUCAAAGGGCUUAUCGGGAUACUUUAUGACUUGGCCCCUCGCUUUCAUUCACUCCUUGGAUUAUUUGACAGACUCUCAGCGGACUUGGGUUCGAGGUCGGCUCCAGUACAUCGGCUCUCACUUAGGGGUCCGAUAUGCUUUACUACUAACUCAGUACCAUAACAUCUUUGGAAGACGACGGCUGAUCAUUCCCAUGUAG